AUAAGUUGAACUGUGUAAAAUUCUGGCAAUCGGAUUCACCACGAAAAACGUCAAAAUAUCACUUUCAUCUAUGUACAUAUAAGAAUUUUCAUUUUCCUACCAUUUGGUACACAGCUUAAGUUGGUAAAAAUUUCAACUAGUUGUAUAGAUAAAUGUGUGUGUAUGUGCACAUACUUAAGCCGCGCAUUCUCUACUGGUAAGCAAACUGCCGCAUUGAGCCGUAACCGUCAAGUUUUGAAGCAAGAGGGUAUUUCUUGUUUAGUUACAAUACUGAUAUUUAGUCUAAGUAUUCCGAGCAACGGUGCCGCAACGGUUUAGAAAGUGUGCUGACAAAUCGAACUAUUUUCUCGAAUAUUGUUUAUUUAAUUUUUAAAACAAACCAUCAUAUCCCGAUUAAUUUUAUUUGUGCGCAUUUUCUUUAAUAUAUGUAAUAUAUAUAUAAAAAUGAGUUGAGAACGAAGUUCGCAGAACUCUUUCACCGUCUUUGCCGAAAUUAGAGCGGGUAAUAUGAGGGUGCACUUUUUGUGACACGUAAUUCGAAAUUACAAAUAUACAAUAACUUAGAGCCACUUUUGCUUGCCGCUCGGUCAGUGUUUUCACGACUACACUAAAUGUUGAAAGUGUUCCAGGUGAAUGACUCUUUUGAAUGCUAUCGGCUUCCGGUCAAGCCACCCUUUGACUUUCGUCACGACAACAUUGUAAUGUGUACGUGUAAACACACAUUUUUAUGUACAUAUGACUGCUUACAAACAUAGUAGUUAUCGCAAAUGAAAGAACCAUGAACUACGGUGGUGUUUCUUAUGUUUCUGACCAUUCAAGUGAAGCAAAAUUAUUUUUAUUUUUGAUGAAUUAUGGUGCAUAACGCCUAAUAUUGGGGUACAAGUUAAAGGAUCUAACAAAUCUUAAAUUUUAAAUGUGUACUUAUGUAUGUAUGUGUGAGUGCAUUCGUAUUUGUAAUAAAAGUAAUUAUGUUGCUUAAAACUCCCUUUUUUAGCUGCAAUUGCUUAUUGUAACUGUUUAUAGUUACUAUUGUUUCAAAUUCAUUUGUGUCCAUAUAAAUUAUAUGUAAAAAACCCAAAACAUCAAGAAAGUUCGAAAUCAUAUUUUGUGCAGUGAAGUUACAGUCUUCCUUACUGAGAAUCAAAAAUGGUAUUAUAAUGAUGUGUAAAGGCAAAUACCACAAAAACUAGUCAUAGUUUUUUGAUAGCAACGAAAUUAUAAUCAGAUACAAAUAUGAUCGACCAAAAGGACUGCUAUGCUAAUGCACAAUAUAGUUUAACUGCCAUUAAAAUCACUAGUUUUAAUCGACACAAUAAAAAGCAACGACAGCCUAAACAGUUUCUAUUAUCAAGAAAUCCGUGACUGUAAUCACUCCGAACAACAAUUUUGAAUUUACUUUGAAUUGAAAAUGAGGAUUACUUAUCAACGCACAAUUCUCUUAUACGGCGCAAUUUUCCUGUAUCUCAAAUUAAAUGCCACUACUGGUGCGAUCUUGGAUUCACGUUGUUAUCUUGAAGGUGGCGGUUCAGCAGAGAGCUUUCUCGCCAAUGAAGAUCUGGAAGUAGGAGCUAUUAUUGGAAAGCUACGAAUAAAUGGAAAUCCCGAAAUAGAAGGAGGUGAUAUUGAUUUAUCUCUACGCGAAAAAGACGCUCCAAUAAAAAUAAUAUCAAGCACCAAAGAUUUGUCUCUAACUGUGGAAUUGGACAAGGAAGGAGUUCUGGGACCCUCAUCAGUUUAUGUAAAUGUUAUUUGUACUCGUCGUCGAUCUACUGAUCCGAGUUUUGUGAUUCCGGUUAAUGUACGCGUAAUCGAUGUCAAUGACAACUCCCCGAUUUGGAUAAGUGCACCAUAUACCGUAACGCUUUCUGAAGUUACUGUAACCGGUACAAGAAUACUACAAGGUGCACAUGCAGAAGACGCAGAUCAACCAGGUCCAUUUUCUACGGUCGAAUACCAAAUAUUACCCGGGCCGUAUUCGGAUUUUGUCCAGUUUUUGAACCCUCUCGAAGGUACAUUAGUACUAAAAAAGUCGUUGGACUACGAAACUAUGCAAAAUUUUACAGUGAAACUUAGGGCUCAAGAUCAGGGUAGUCCGCCAAAAUAUACGGACACAACACUAAGAGUAGUGAUUACAGAUGCAGAUGACCAAAACCCUAAAUUUCAAUAUAACUCCUACACUGGAGAGCUCCCGAGCGAUGGACGUCCCGGUGAUUUAAGGUUACGUCCAGAACCCAUAAACGCUGUGGACCAGGAUGAAGGCAUAUGUGCUCCUAUUCAGUAUACAAUUGUUCAAUCACAGGAUACGACAUACUUUCGAAUAAACCCUCAUAGCGGCAUUAUAACAUUACUGACACCCAUUGGCUAUGCGGAUCUAGUUAACGGUGCGACACUAGUGGUGAAGGCAACACAAAUAGACAACGCCGAUCGCUAUGCUUUAACAACCGUUAUGUUAACACGGCAAGGAGUGCGUUCUGAUUUAAGUGCGCUGUCAUUUGUGCAGAAAAAGUUUUUCAUGCGAAUACGCGAAGAUACGGCUGUGGGAAAUCGCAUUUUAGCAUUGCCCUCUAACAAACCGGGAAAACACUUAAAAUAUACAAUAUUGGAUCCUGUAAAUUCUCAAUUUUUUAGUGUGGGUUCAUUGGGUGAAGUUAUAUUAGUUAAGCCUCUCGACUAUGAGAAGAUGACAAAACAUAAUUUUCAAGUAAUGGCAACGGAUGGUUUAACAAAUAUUACUGCAGAUAUAACGAUGGAAGUUAUCGAUGUAAAUGACUGGGAGCCUAGAUUUCGAGAGACACAUUACGAGUUUGUGAUUCCAAAGAACCAGGCUCUUCACUCGUCAUCUGAAUCAUUGGAAGGUGUAAUUAUUGGAAAAGUAGAAGCAGCCGAUGGGGAUCGUAACGACAAACUUGAGCUAUCGUUGAAAGGACAACACGCUGGUCUUUUUGAAAUAGAUACUAAGGGAUGCAUUUACAUGCGUCCUGAGGAGUUACAAGGGCUUAAUGAAUCCACAGUUCAUUUAAUAGCCACAGCAACUGAUUCAGGGAUUCCACCACGUAGUACCUCUGUGCCAGUCACUGUGACCAUGGAAAGACUCGCAAUUGCUCAAACGUCUUGGAGUACCAGUUUCAUAGGAAUGUUAGGCAUAAUCAUAAGUGUAUUUAUUAUUAUUAUUAUAAUUCUCACAUGUUACAUAAUCCACUCAAAAAGCAAACGGCGAAAGGGCACACCACCUUUAGGAAGAAAUCGGGUCCACAGCCACGCACACAGCACAAUGUCUUCCGCAAACUUGGUUACUCACGAAAAAAUUUCCAAUAAUGGUACUGGAACUGUUGUCACGAGCGGCAAUAGUGGAGUUUCUGUACUGCAUAUGAAGCAUGACGGUAAUAUAUCAAUGUCAAACCCAAUUAGCAGUGGUCUAAAUCAUUCCGCAAUUGGCAAGGGUCUGGUAACGAAUUUGGAACAUGAAGCUAAGGGUGAUCAGGAGCGUGAUCGGGAAAGACAGCGAGAAAGUUAUGCGGCGACAGUAAGAAUCAUUCUUCCAGGUAUAGUGUCACGAGCCUCUGCCAAUGGGCAGUUGUACGAAGAAGAUGAAAUAGAGAAUGACUCCCUUUCAAACAAGAACAGGGAAUCAGGUAACAACAAUAAAGAAACAGCGUGGGAAGAGUCAAGUAGUUUGCAAAGAGGAGCAACUUCUAUACCAAAUUUAGACUGUAGUAUCGUUAGAGCUUCAAAUCUUCUGGCGGCAACAGAAAUAAUGGGCUCUUCGGAAAAUAAUUUAACUGUAUAUUUUUAGACAUUUUGAAAAUCAAUCAAAAACUUUCCCUCAAUCCUCCUUGUUGUCGAAACUGGAAAAUUUUCAUAGUAAUUGAUAAUUUUUAGAUUUGUUUAUUUAGUCAUAUAUAUAAUAUAUAAUAAUAUAGUCAUUUGAAUAAUUGUCAUUCCAUGUCUUCAACGAAAACAGUUACAGUUAUUAUGAAUUUCCCACUUUAUACUUCCACAUUAAAAUUUUGUAUAUGAAAACUUAAAUUCAUUGGCGAAGUACAUACGUCAGUUCGCCGGUGGAAUUAUAUUUAUUAUUGUUUCUCUAAGAAUUACUUGUAAUAAAAAUCUGUGUCUGUGUA